AUGGCUUCCAAUUUUAACGACAUCGUGAAGCAGGGCUACGUGCGCAUCCGGAGCAGGCGGCUGGGGAUUUAUCAGAGAUGCUGGUUAGUAUUCAAAAAAGCUUCAAGCAAAGGACCGAAGAGGCUGGAGAAAUUCUCAGAUGAACGAGCUGCUUACUUUAGAUGCUAUCACAAGGUCACAGAGCUCAAUAAUGUGAAGAAUAUAUUACGAAUGCCAAAAAGCACAAAGAAGCAUGCUGUUGGGAUUUAUUUUAAUGAUGACACAUCGAAAACCUUUGCUUGUGAGUCAGAACUUGAGGCAGAUGAGUGGUGCAAGGUGCUGCAGAUGGAGUGUCUUGGAACGCGAAUUAAUGACAUUAGCCUUGGAGAGCCUGACUUGUUGGCAUCUGGAGUAGAGAGGGAGCAGAGUGAGAGAUUCAAUGUGUAUUUGAUGCCAUCCCCUAAUUUAGAUGUGCAUGGGGAAUGUACCUUGCAGAUAACAUUUGAGAAUAUCUGUCUUUGGGACAUCCAGAAUCCCAGAGUAAAACUCAUCUCUUGGCCAUUAAGUGCCCUCCGACGCUACGGGCGGGACCCAUCUUGGUUCACGUUUGAAGCAGGGAGGAUGUGUGACACAGGAGAAGGACUAUUCAUCUUUCAGACCAGAGAUGGGGAAGCAAUCUACCAGAAGGUUCACUCGGCGGCUUUGGCCAUAGCAGAACAACAUGAGCGCCUGUUGCAGAGUGUGAAAAAUUCAAUGCUUCAGAUGAAAAUGAGUGAGCGAGCCGUGUCCCUCAGCACCAUGGUGCCCUUGCCCCGCAGCGCGUACUGGCAGCACAUCACGCGACAGCACAGCACUGGCCAGCUUUACGGUCUGCAAGAUGUUUCUAGCCCAGUGAAGCUUCAUCGCACGGACACUUUUCCAACCUACAGGUCAGACCAUCGAUAA